AUGAACAGUCUGCCUGACGAAAUUCUUUCCAGAAUUCUCUUUCUCGCAGCAACCCCCCACAUCGACUCUCAACUCGACGCUGCCGCGAGUGACACGGUGCCCAGCGUGGAUUCCGAUGUCAGCCCGUGCCAUGGCAUGGGGAUGGUGUCGAAGCGAUGGGCCUUGCUGCUGCCCGUCGUGCGCAUCACCGCUGCUGCAGACUCGCCAUCUCGUCGGGAGGACUCUGCCGAUCAAUACGACUCGCUGCUUCCCGCCUCCACGCUCUCCGCGCCCGCGCUCUUCCGCGCCUUGUCCCGCGCGCCAAGCGCGACUUCACUCACGCUGGGCGAUGACGCCCUCGAUCUCUACGACCACCACUUCCUUACCUCGCUGCUCGCCGCUUGUCCCAAGCUCACGCAGGUGAGCUUCGGCGAGCCUUGUUUUACCGCCGCACCGCCGCCCUUCACGAUCGGCCUCGCACCGCUCGACUCAUUCUUCCGCGCUGCAGCGCCGCAGUUACAGGAGCUCGCGCUGCUGCUUCCUCCCGUCGUCACGAGACUUCCUGAUUCCAUCUCGUCGCUGUCCUCGCUGCGCGUGCUUCGCCUGCGCUCCAACACGUUGCAACAGCUCCCGGACGGACUGUGCCAUCUGCGCGCACUUCAGGAGCUGCAUCUCACCUGCCCCAUGCUGCAGGAGCUGCCCGAGAACUUGGGGCAGCUGAAAGCUUUGAGGCACCUGUCCAUGAGGAGGGGGUGCAGGAGCUCGUACCGCCCGCCCGAUUCUCUAGGCGACCUCUCGUUGCUCUCCUCCCUCCGCAUUAACGGAAAUCUGCAGCAGCUGCGGCGCCUGGAGCUGCGACACUUCGAGGGCGAGCUGCCAGACGCGUGGGCGAAGCUGGAAGAGGUUUCGCUGGACAAGUGCAGCAUGCGCUCUCUCCCGCCCACAUGGCUGGAGACCCUCACUCGCCUCACCCUCCGCUCCUGCGACCACCUCGAGCCUCUCCCCAUCCACCACAUCCCCUGCGAUUUACCGCUGCGACACUUGACUGUCGAGGGUGUUUGGUCCACUGUGCCGUUCCACCCACUCAGCCGACUCACCUCCCUCCAACGCCUCAAGGUCUUGGGUUCAAGGUCCCGUGGCAACGUGAAUGUGGACUUUCCUGUGGGCUUGUUCGCCUUGCCGUCGCUGUCGCACGUGAGUGUGGACAGGAUGUCUUCAUCCCCUCUCCCCCUCCUCACCUCGCCCGCCUGCUUUCACUUCGGAAAUUAUGCAUCAAGGAGAGCGCCUACUUUCCACACACUGGGACCUUCGUUCCAGACAACAUCAGAGAAGAGGGUUCUAUCAUUUCUGGAAAGGAUGACCAGGAUGACUAGUCCAGAAGAGCUGCUUGCACAGUGUAGUCAGUUGGAGCAUCUGCCUCAAGAGUUUGGCUCCCUUGGGGCACUAACGAAGGUGACUAUUGAGGGGGUGUUUUCCUCUCUGCCAAACACUCUCAGCGGCCUGUCUUCCCUGCAAGAAGCAUCCUUGACCUCCCCAGUUCUUGCCAGCCUGCCUCCCUCCUUUUGUCUCCUCUCUCGCCUGCACACACUCACCAUAACCGGCAGUGGCUGCCUUGUCACCCUGCCCGCUGAUUUCGGCUCCCUAGGCGCCCUCCAACACCUCUCCAUCCACUCCUGCUCUCACUUGCAGAGCCUUCCCGACUCGUUCUCCUCGCUCGUCUCCCUCGUCCGUCUCACCAUCACACAGUGCCCUAACCUUUCCAACCUCGCUCAUGGUUUCGGCUCCCUGCCCCGACUAGCCCGGCUGACAAUCAACGGCUGUGAAUCCUUCACUCACCUGCCCGCCUCCUUCCCCUCUCUGCUGUCCCUCCGUGUGGCCGACUUCCGCCGCUGCGAGCGCCUGCACUCACUGCCUCCUCAGAUGGGCCUGCUGCCGCUCCUGGAAGUGCUGCAUCUACAGGACUGUUCAGCACUCAAGUCUCUCCCGGAUUCACUCAGAUGGGCCAGGUCACUCAGGCAUGUCGAUGUGUCUUACAGUGGGUUGGAUAAAGAGGGAGGUUCGGCGGGCUGGUGUGGCACAGGAGUAUAG